GUCGCGCCAAAGUCUGCAAAUCAGUGUGCAAAGUGCGCGAACCACAGAAAAGUGUAAACUGUGCGAAUCGCUGUAGUUUUAAUACAAAGAAAAUUAAAAGAAAAUUGAGUCAUAAAUUAGCGUGAUGCCAAGAAGAAAUCGACGUGAUUUCGCAAGUAGAGUUACUAAAGAAAAAUCGGGUCAAUUGGGCCGGCGACGUACGGAGGCAAUUGCUGGAAAUUGCGUUGACGACACGUCAAAUGAAUCACCUAACCUAAAAACGGCUUUCGAUAAGUUUCGUCGUGUACUCGAUCCAAAUUAUCAAAUUGAACAAAGCAAAAGAGCUGUGGUUUUAGUCCGUAAAAUGGAUUUUCCAAAUACUGUAAUUGAUGAAGAUCAAACAGAUGCUCUGAGCCCAAUAAGAGAGGAGGAGCCUCCACUAGAGAACAAUUCUGAAUUAAAAGAUACAUCAAAUCCAAAAUCACCUAUAGACUCCUCAAAAGUUAGUGAUAAGCAAGACCAUGCAAAAGAUACAUCAUUGUCAGAUGAUGAUCCUAGGAUGGAAAUCGAGGAUAUUUCACCUAAUACUUCAUCAAAACAAUUAUCUUGUGAUGACAGUGUACACAAUGACUCACUGGCAAUGGAAAUUGAUGAAGAAGAGAAUGAGGAAAAUCCACAACUUUUAGAAAAUGGAAAAGAGAUGGAAGGAGAAGAUCUGGACAAUGAUGAACCUGAAGAGAACAUACAAAUCACAAAAGAAUUAACCAGUACAAACAGUAAAGUUGAUAAAGAAAAUAUUAGUAAACCAAGUGCAAAUCAAGACAAUGAAUUAAGUUCAAAUAUAGAAAAUGAUGAUGAAGAUCUUGUUUUAAUUGACCCUAAUGAAAAUGCACAAAAAAAUGUACAGAAACUGAAUGAGGCUGCUGAACUUGUAAAACUGUUAAAUCAAUCUAAAGAAGAUGCAACAAAAAUUCAAACUAAAGACAAUUCAAAGGUUAUAGAUCCAAUUGAAGAACAAAGUAAUUUGAGUGACUCGAGUCCAGUAGAACCAAUGGAAGUUGAUGGCACUCGAAAAAUUCAGAUUGCAGAAAAAAAUGAUCCCAAAGAUACUGAUAAUUCCAAAGAAAAAGAACAGCAGCAAUCUUCACUUUCUGAAAAAAAUUCUACUAAAAGUAGUACAUCUGUUAAUACAAUUGAAGAACCAUCAACAUCAUCUCCAAAGGAAACAAAUAUUCUUCAAGCAUCAUCACCUCCACAGAGCAAUGAUCAAGUAUCUGACGUUAUACCUGAUCAAGAUGAUACAGUGAGUAUUGGGACCGAAAGUGCAAAAGAUAAACAGUCCAAAGAUGGAACUAUUGAAACUAAUAGUUCAGAAAAGGAUGCAGAAGCUGAAUCAUUAGAAAGUCACAAAGAAAAUGAAAGUACAUUAAACAUUACUAGCACAAAAUCUUUGGAAAAGCCUGAAGAAUCUUUAAAAGUUAAAACUUUAACACUGGAAAAAGAAAAUAAUGCUACAAGUUCAAGUACAAAUAAAAGUACAGUUACUGCUUCGGAUGUAAUUAAUGCAGCAGAUGAUAAAACACCUGAAAUUGAAGAAAUUAGUUCCCAAGAAGUCUGCAAGCAAUGCAAAUUAGAAAAAACAUGCAACAUAAAAGUUAAAAUAGGUGCAAAAGUGUUCAAUGUUUGUUCAGAAAAUUGUAAAGUAUCCUUCAAUGCUGAAAAUAAAAAAUCAUUGGAUAUCCCAAGUGAAGGAGUUAACUCUAAAAGAGAAAAACGUUGUGCUUACUGUCUUUUAAUUGUUGAAUCUAAAGAUGAGAAAAAUCUUUCAUGGGAAACUAUGGAAUUUUGUAAUGAGGAAUGUCUGGGAAAAUUUCAAACAAAAUAUGGUAGCUACUGCAGAAACUGCAAUGGUUCAGUGCAAGCUACCAGUUUAGGAAAGUACUGUGUAAGGUUUGGGUAUGAUGUCAGACAAUUUUGCUGUGCAGCUUGUCUUGAAGAAUUCAAAAAGGGUUUGAAAGUUUGUACUUAUUGUCAAAAAGAUAUGUCUGUAGGAGUAGAAGGGUUUUUGGCACCAGUUGGAGAUAAAGGACAAUUCAAGGAUUUCUGUACUCAAGACUGUAUGGAAAAAUAUACCAGAAUGAAUUCUCUAAAUCCACCUCCCCCAGAAAAAAAAAUAUGCGGUGUUUGUCAAGUGGAAAAGAUGAAGCACUGCGAAGUACAAAUAGAUCAGAAUCCAACAGUCGCCAUUUGUGGUGAACCUUGUCUUGCAGCUUUUAAAUUUGUUAAUAAUGUAGAUCCUGAUCAAUGUUCUACCUGUAAAAAGUACUUUCAACUGUCUACCAAGAAACCUUGUGUUGUAUUCCAUGAAAAUGAAGCUCAUACUUUUUGUUGUAAAACAUGUUUAAAUGUUUUCAUCACAAUACAUAGAAAAAUUGUUCCUUGCAACUGGUGUAAAGUUAAGAAGUAUAAUUUUGAUAUGAUAAAAAAAGAAAUGAAAAAUGGACAAGUCAUUAUGAUGUGCAGUUUAAAUUGUUUGACUUUGUAUCAGGUCUCCAUCAGUGCUGUAUCUGUGCGCCGCAUGAAUUGUGACUUGUGCAAAGAUAUCGCAGUACCCCAAUAUCACCUUACCAUGUCUGACGCUACAAUGAGAAACUUUUGUUCUUAUAAGUGUGUGAUGAAUUUCCAAGCUCAAUAUACUAAUUCUCCCAUAACCAUACCAGUAAAUGAUUCAAGUAAAACUAGCAUUGCAAAUAAUGACCCUGUUCCUACUGGCAAUCCUAAGCGUGCUACAGCAGCUACACAAAGUACACGAACAGUUGUAUCAGUUGAUAACUCUUCUACUAUUCAAGGAACAUUAAGUAUUGCUCCUAAAAAAUCGAUGCCAGUUAUAUCUUCUGUCACUAGUUUAGCUAUUGCUAAUGGACAAACUCAAACUGUAACGCAACAAAGCAUAGGAACUCCAAUGCAACCAAUUACAAUUAAUAGUGCACAUCCAGUCAUUUAUAAGCAACAAAUUAUAACGCGGCCUACGUCUCCAGUAGAUAUUGCUAACAAAAUAACUCAAUGUAAACCACAAACUCAUACUAAAGGAGUAUCUGUGAGGCCAAUUCCUUGUGACCAGUCAACACAAACUGAUGGCUUUGAUCGCUUUCCCGUACCAAUCCCAGUACCAAUUUACGUUCCAUUUCCUUGCCAUAUGUAUAGCAUGCCAUUCCCAGUACCAGUGCCAAUACCUAUACCAAUUCCAGUACCAAUAUUCAUUCCAACAACCCGAAAUACCACUAAAGGAAUAAUCAAAGAAAUGAAGCGUAUACAAGAAAAAACACCUAGUGAUCCAUUUGAAGCUGAAUUGCUUAUGAUGGCUGAAAUGGUAGCAACUGAAAAGAAAAACGAUAGUGAUUCUGAUUCUGUUGAUGAAGCAAGUAGCAGAGAUGAGCCCAUUGAGAUGAAUGAAAAUAUACCAGAUGACACAAAUUACACUGCAGAAGUGACAGAUACAUCCAAUACAUUUGGUGAUGACAUGAUUCAAAUGGCUCUCAAAUUGGCAACAGGUGAAAUAGAAGAAGAACCUGCAGUAGAUCUGGAAACUGCCUUAACACCGAAUACUAUACAAACGCCGCAAAGACCGCAAAAUGACGAUCCAUCCGAAAAUGAUGCUAAAUUAGAGCAAGUCCCAUCAACACGAGGUCGCAAGCGUACUUCAUCCUAUCGUGGUCGAGGUAUUGGAGGUAAACGUGGCAGAAGAUCUUCGGUAGGACCUCUGACAAUGUCGAAUAACGAUGCAAGCAUGACAGAGACUCAAAUUACACAAAGUAUUGAUUUCGACGCGACAGUUGAAAAACCAGAUGCAAACAUGGCUCUCAAAUACACCUUUGGUGUAAAUGCUUGGAGACAAUGGGUAAAUUCAUGGAAUUUGGAAAUAGAAAAACAAAGUACUCCUAGAAAAUUGAAACCACUUAAAACUGAUUUACUUCAACUAACAACAGACGAAUUAAACUACUCGCUUUGCUUAUUCGUCAAAGAAGUUCGCAAACCAAAUGGGGCCGAAUACGCCCCAGAUACUAUAUACUACCUAUGCUUGGGAAUUCAACAAUAUUUAUUCGAGAAUAAAAGGAUAGAUAACAUUUUUACGGACUCUUAUUAUGACCAGUUCACCGAUUGUCUAAACGAAAUUGUGAAAAAAUUUACGGUUCUGUAUAAUGACUCACUUUACGUGGUUACCAGGGUAGAAGAGGAACAUUUAUGGGAAUGCAAGCAACUUGGCGCGCAUUCACCGCAUGUUUUGCUGAAUACACUAAUGUAUUUCAAUACAAAACAUUUCAAUUUAACGACUGUUGAAGAACACAUGCAGUUAUCAUUUUCGCACAUAAUGAAACAUUGGAAACGUAAUACUAGUAGUUCAGGUGCAAUGAGUAAAGGACCCGGAUCUCGAAAUAUUCUCUUACGAUUUUAUCCUCCUCAAUCUGCUUUAGACGCGAACGUGAAAAAGAAAAAAGUAUAUGAGCAGCAAGAGAAUGAAGAUAAUCCUCUUAGAUGUCCUGUCAAACUAUAUGAAUUUUAUCUUUCUAAAUGUCCUGAAAGUGUAAAAACAAGAAACGAUGUAUUUUAUUUGUUACCCGAACGAAGCUGUGUACCGGACAGUCCAGUGUGGUAUUCAACGUCACCCCUUGCGAAAGAUCAUCUUAUUAAAAUGCUGCAUCGCAUAAAAAUGGUGAAAGAGAUAAAUGUAUCGCUUUUAUCAUGUUAAUAGUCAUUUAUGGAACCGCAUAGUACUUGUUGCACUAUUUUCUUUCAUAAUUGUUAAUUUUGUAAAGUAGCUAUUAAAUUUUUACAAUUUAUUUGUAAAAUUUUUACAUUUGAUGAAUUAAAUCAUUAAUUAGGAAGAGAAAAUCAAGGUAUCCUGUAAACGUGAUUUAGUUAUUUUGAAUGCAAACUAAUGACGAUUUUAGCUUUCGAUAUUUUCUCACGUAAUAUUUAUAUUUUUUUUAUUUUGUAGUUCUAUUGUGAGGAAAACGAUGCCGUUGUAAUUUUUAACGAAUCAAUGAAUUUAUUGUAGUAAAUCUCUACCUUAUCUUUUAAGCUUUUUUAUUGUCAUGAAUAUGUUUAUUCAUCGAGGAGCAAAACGAUCAGUAUAAUGUGUGGAAGAUUGAAAAUGUAUGUAAUAAGUUAAAAAAGCUAGAGUUAAAUUACCACUAGAAGAUGUUGACCAUGUACAUAUUAAAAAUAAGAUAAAGCGAUUUCUGCUGAGAUUAUAAAAAAAUAUAAGCAAGAACUUAC